AUUUAUUUUAAUAUUUUUUUCAGACCAUAUUGCAAUGACUAGUUCCGGACCGAUUUUGAAAAGUGGGUAUUUGAAAGCGCCCUUGUAUAAUGGUGUCGGUCGGUUUGUGUGCCAAUUGCAGCGUCUGACUUUGAAAUUUUGCAAGGAACAUGGUGGAAGUCGUGGAGUCCGCGACUUCAUCGAACAGGAUCUCCUAAACUUUGCUCGCCGGAACCCGGGAGUGGUGAUCGACUUCAUCGAACAGGAUCUCCUAAACUUUGCUCGCCGGAACCCGGGAGUGGUGAUGUACGUUAAGCCUCGUCGACACAGAUCCCCUGUGUUGAAAGCUGAGUUUCUGAAUGGGGAGCACCACUGGUUAUCACUGCAUAGCAUGGAUCGAGAAGAAGUUCAUCGGUGGAUAGAAUUGAUGCGUACCAAGUCGGGAGAGCAAAUGGUACGUUUGAGGAAGCAAUGGAGAAACUAUCCGUUAAAGCAGGAGAAGUUGAAUCUGCUUCCGAUUUCCUCGAGAAGCUACUUGCCGAACAAAAGAAUAUCCGAGUACUGGAAGAAGAUGUUCCUCGUCAAGGAAGCCUUUCCGUUGGCUCAGUCUCGUGAUCUUUCGAUUGCCAUGAUUAGUCGUGUUCAUCCUGUGCUUGGUCUUCUUUCGGAGAAACGGUACUAGGAAACAAGUUCUUCGUUUGUUGGAAACCAA